AUGGGGAGUGCUUGGGCCUUAAAGUUCCUGGGUGACGUAGACUCUGGCGCGAAGCUGGAGGCUGUGAGCCUCAUCCAGCCAGGAGAUGAACUCACGCACCUCUACAGCGAACUUUCCAGCGCGGCCCUCUUGGCCAGCUACGGCUUUGUCCCCAGCGAGGCCAUGGAGAAUCCGCACGAGGCGGCCUUGAUCGACUUGAUGCUGCCGGAGGCGAUCCAGGGCUCCGGUGCCCCAAAGGAUCUUGCGCCAAGGCACUGGAAGGACGAGACGACGCUUCUUUUCGAAGUGCCUUGGGAUGCCGAGGAGGAGGCUGGACCCGCCUAUGCCGCACUGUUUGCGAUGCUCGCACGAGAAGAAGAGCGUGAGCUUGUUGAGCAGGGCCGGCCUCCAACCAGGCUGCGCCUAGCCGCGGCAGAGGUUCUCCGCGAAAGGAUCCAAGACGCUCUGGACAAGAAUCUGGCCGGUGAGAGGCAGCUUUCUCGCGAUGAUCUGGCCGGCAGAAAGCACGCGAAGUUCGAGGCGAAGCUGCGGAGAGCCGCCGUCCGCUUGCUGCGAAACGAGAGGCCUCUCCUGGAAGAUGAGCUGGCGUUCACCGAGGAGCAGUGUUCAUCAUUGCGCACCCAACUGGAGGAGUCACAGCUGUGA